AUGUCUUCAUCCUCUGUUACUUUCGUUUUUCUUUCUUGCCAAUACGUUUUCCUUCCUUCAUUCAUUCAUCUAUCAAUUUCUUUCUACUUCUUUCUUACCAAUAUAUUCUUUCCUUCUUUCAUCUUAAAAUGCUUUAAAAAUACUUUUUUGUUCAUUCAUUCAUUUGUCACAUUUUUUUCUUACUUUCUUGAAAACAAACUUUUCUUCUUUCAUUUAUCACUUGCUUUUCUUCUUUCAUUUAUCUCUUUCUUUUCUUCUUUCAUUUAUCACUUCCUUUUUUUUUCUUUUUUGAUCUAUUACACUCAUUUCUUUCUCUUAUCAAUAUACUCUUUAAUUCACUUGUCACUUUCUUUCUUUCUUACAAUUUCCUUCAUAUAUCUGUUAAUUUCUUUAUUCUUUCUUUCCAAUAAACUCUUUUUUUUCAUUCUUCUAUCACUUUCUUUUUUCUUCCUUUCUUGUUUAUAUACUCUUUCCUUCUUUCAUAUUUUUCUAUCAGUUUGUGUUUCUUUCUUAUCUGUAUAUUCUUUUCUUCUUUCACCUGUCAUUUACUUUUUCUUUCUUACCAAAAAUACUCUUCCCUUCUUUCAUAUAUUUCUUUUUUUUUCUUGCUUACCAUUAUGCUAUUUCCUUCUUUCAUCUAUCAUUUUCUUAAUGAUAUAUCUUCUUUUAACUAUUUUUUCUUUUUUGCUUAUAAAUACACUUUUCAUUAUAUCACCUACCACUUUCUUUUUUCUUUCUUUCUUCCCAAUAUCCUUUAAAAACCAAAGAAAAUGGGAUUCAACAUUUUUUAAUUAUCUCAUUCUUUACUCAUUUUGA